UGCGUGGUGCGUCAGGACGCAAGGCGCGCCUCCGUUGCUGCCGGCCGGACCGGAAGUGCAGCGGCGGUUGCGCUGAGGGGCUAUUCUGUUGUUGUAGGCACCUCCUUUCAUAUUUGCAAUAAAAAUGGCAGAAACGACUCCUGAUUCUUCUGAGAAACUGGUCAUCAUCCACUCCAAAGCUCACAAAGAUACCAUUCUAGCUAAUUUUGAAGAACAAAGGAAAAAGGAUUUUCUUUGUGACAUUACUCUGAUAGUGGAGAAUGUGCAGUUCAGAGCCCAUAAAGCUUUGCUUGCUGCCAGCAGUGAAUACUUCUCAAUGAUGUUUGUUGAUGAGGGUGAAAUAGGACAGUCAGUUUACAUGUUGGAGGGAAUGGUUGCAGACACCUUUGGAGCACUGCUAGAAUUUAUCUACACUGGUUGUCUCCGUGCCAGUGAGAAAAACACAGAACAAAUUCUGGCUACUGCACAGCUGCUGAAGGUGACUGACCUGGUGUGGGCCUGCACAGACUAUCAGGCCAGCCGUAGCCCAGGUAGUGUGUUACCAGCUCCAGCUAAUAGUGAGGCCACUGUAGCUGUUACUGCAAGUGACAAGAAAAAUGAAGAUCCACCAAAGCGAAAACGAGGGCGACCGAGAAAAGUCAGUAAUGUCCAAGAAGGAGAAUCAGGAGGAAAUUCUGCUGAAGAUGUGCAGCUGAGAGAGAACAACUCCAUGCAAAAUAAGAAGAACUUUACGACAAAAGACACUGCAGCAGAAGAAACAGUUGCCAGCGAACAGUCUCCAGCGAGGAAGGAUGCAAAAGAAAAUGAACAUGCUUGUGGCUCAGAAGCUGCUGUCGAUCUGUCAGCUGAGAAAGAUGAGAAUUAUGAUCCCAAAUCAGAAGGAAUACAGAGCACUCGGAGCCGUUACAGCAAACGCAGAAUAAGGAGGUCAGUCAAACUAAAAGAUUAUAAGCUUCUCAGUGAUGAGGAUGAAAAAGGACUGGUAAAGAGAACUGAUGGAAAAAGAAAACGUGCGGGUUCUGAAGCUCGCUGUAAAGACUGUGGCAAAGUAUUUAAAUACAAUCACUUCUUAGCUAUUCAUCAACGAAGUCAUACAGGGGAGCGCCCUUUUAAGUGCAGCGAGUGUGGAAAAGGCUUUUCCCAGAAGCAUUCUCUUCAAGUCCAUGAGCGGAUGCACACUGGAGAGCGGCCAUACACGUGCACUGUCUGCAGUAAGGCUCUGACAACAAAGCAUUCUCUUCUGGAGCAUAUGAGCCUGCAUACAGGGCAGAAGGCGUUUACGUGCGAUCAGUGUGGGAAAUACUUCAGCCAAAAGAGACAGCUCAAGAGCCACUAUCGAGUACACACAGGCCAUUCGCUGCCGGAAUGUAACCAGUGUCGUCGUAAAUUCAUGGAUGCAGCUCAGUUAAAGAAACACUUAAGAACACAUACAGGUGAGAAGCCCUUCACUUGUGAAAUUUGUGGCAAAUCAUUUACAGCUAAAAGUUCUCUUCAGACUCACAUUCGAAUUCACAGAGGAGAAAAGCCAUAUUCUUGUGGUAUAUGUGGAAAGUCCUUCUCCGAUUCCAGUGCCAAGAGAAGACACUGUAUCUUACACACAGGCAAAAAGCCUUUCUCCUGCCCAGAAUGUAGUUUACAGUUUGCUCGUCUGGACAACCUGAAGGCUCAUUUGAAAAUUCAUAGCAAGGAAAAGCAGUUUCAGGAAGCCAGUGCUGCCUCAACCACCAACACUAGUUCAGAAGAAGUGAGAAACAUUCUUCAGCUGCAGCAGUAUCAACUUGCCACCUCUGCAGGGCAGGAAAUUCAGCUAUUGGUUACAGAUGCAGUACAUAAUAUAAACUUCUUGCCUAGUCAUAAUCAAGGCAUUAGUAUUGUCACUGCAGAAAAUGCCUCAAAUAUGACAACAGAGCAGGCUGCUAACCUCACGCUGCUUGCUCAGCCACCACAGCAGCUGCAAAACUUGUUGCUGUCAGCGCAGCAGGAGCAAGUGGAACAAAUCCAAAGUAUCAAUAUGAUUGCAAACCAAAUAGAGGCUGCCCCGCCUGAACAAAUGCAUGUCUUCACUCUUUCAAAGGAAGCACUAGAACAAUUCCAUGCUCAUCAAGGACAAAAUGAAGGAAUCCACUUAGCAGAAUCUUCACAUCCAGCUCCGCAUGUGCAGCUGACUAAGGAGUCAAGUCAACAUUCUCACUCUAGCCAAGAUACGGUUCCUUCCCAUCAAAACAGUGAAGAACAGAAUCAACGUGUACAUAUUUCUGAAUCACAUCAGCAGUCUCUGUCAGUAAAUGAGUCAUCUCAUGAGCAUCCUGUUCAAGGAGAGGCUUUCUGAAACGGUUGUCAUCAGAGGGCUGGGCUGUAGCAUUGCUUCUCAUCCAAGCAGUGAUAACACAUAUUGCACUGUCGUUUCUACAGCAUAAUCUAUCUGAAGAUGCAUUUCUUGGUGAUUUUGAUGGGUGACUUUCAGGCUUUUUUAACCUUAUUUAUUUGGGACUUCUUUUAUUUUUCCAGAUUGGUGUUUCUAUACCACUUAGUCCACACCUCACACGUGAUCGGUGUGGGGUUUUGUGCCUCAUCCAUGCCUGCUGAGGAGCUAUUUGGCCCCUUAGUCACAUUCCUGUGUGACUCUUAAGAGAAGCAUACCUAGCUGGUAGAAGAACAGUGUGCAAGAUGUCUGCUGAUCAGAAAGUAAGACUUCUCUGAUGAAGUCAGAAUUACCUAAACUACUGUCAAGCUUAAGAUAAUCAGUACUUUCUGCAAAGCUAACAUCAUAUAUCUUAUGUUUAAUGAGCUUUUUCUCUGCAGGCUAAUGUAUAAUUUUCUAUGUUAUCAUUCCCUGAAGUGCAUUUUGAUUUACUGACUACCAAAUUUGUUUGGUUUGGGUUGAAAUUUUUGCAGCCUUUGACUGGCCCAGGAUGACCCCUCCUGUUUACUGUGUGCUAUACAAGUUUUGCUCCUCAGAAAUGCUUAAGUCAUUAGACUUUAAUAGUGGCAAUGAGAUGUGGUGGUUACACUGGACAACUGAAUAGCCCAAAUUCUGCUCUGUUAGCUUUACCACUCACUCCCUGUGUGACUGUGGGCAAGGUAGUUAACCUCUGUGCCUUAUUUCAUCAUCUAGUAAGUGGGGAUAGUGCUUUCAAACUCUGUCAAGCACUUUGAAGAGCUCUUGAUGUUGAAGACAUUGUUGGACAACAAAUUUCUCUUCCUGACAGGAUUCCAUAAGCUUAGGAGCCAGUGUAUAUUUAAAGUGUUAUUUUUUUGUAUUUCAGAAAGCGGAAUGUGAUGUUACUUUUUAUAUAUGUUAAAGCUGGUAACUGUUUUUUGUGGGGACUUGAAUCACUUCAGAGCAUAAUGAGCUACAUAAAUGGAGCAUAUUGAGUUAAAGUUGUAUGGCUAUUUUCGCUGACUAAAUUAGAUGUGUACAAAUUAUUUUCAUUGACUGACUGGCUGCUAAUAAAAAAGAUUUGGCAUCUUUAUAAAAUACCAUGCCAGAGUAUAUGCUUUGCAUUUUCAAGUUUGGCUACUGGUCAUGUCUCACAUAGUGUACUAGUGCGUUAAAAACCAGAUAAAAUACAACUGGUACUUAAAGGAAUGUGCUCAGUUGUCACUGUGGUUUUAAAGUGUCCUUUUUUAAAAAUAAAUGUGAUUUACAUUGAUAUUUUGUGUUUUAACAAAUGAAAAAUUCAAAAAUUAAUUUGAAUUUAAAAGCAGAACGAAAGGUCUUUGUACAUGCUUGGCUUAUAUGACUGCCCAGAGAGUCACUGGCAUAAAAGCUCAGUGCAUAGAACGAUAGAAUAAAUCAAACUGGAAGGGGCUGCCAGAGGCCACCUGGUCCACCAUUUUCCUCAAAGCAGGUGUGCCUAGAUCAUGUUGUUGUGGUCUGACUGAGUUUUGAAUGCAUUGAGGGAUGAAGAUACACAACCCCUCUAGGCCAUCAGUUCCAUUGUUUGACCAUAUUUGCAGUGAUAAAAGUGUUUCCUGUAUUUAAUUGGAAUUUCCCAUGUUCCAGUUUAUGUCCAUUGCCUCUCAUCCCACUGUUGUGUCUCCAAGAAGUGUCUUCUCCACAACCUCCUGUUAGGUAGUUGAAGACAGCAGGAAGCUCUUUCCAACAUUUCAUGCACCUAGGGCCUAAGCAGCACAGUUCUUGUCCUUUCCAUCAUGUGCUCCAGCUCUUUAUUCACCUUGGUGGACUUCUGCUGCCCUCAGUCCAGUAUGUCUAUGUCUGUCGUAUUCUGGAGAGAUCGUAUUCUGGAUGACAUUCCCCACUCCAGUCCAGACUACUCAGCUGGCUUCUGACUGCAUGCUGCGGGAGUUUGAGUAAGUACCUCCAGUUUUUCAACGUACUAGAUCAGUUUUUAUGUAAAUGGAUCAUGAGAAGGGUAGACAGUGAGAACAAACCAGUGAAGGGGGGGG